GUUGAACAUGGAGAAACUUGAUCGUCCCGUCAGGAGCAGGCAGAUGCCUCUGGUCCCGGAGCCUUUCUCUUCCAUCACGAUAGCGCUUCUGAGCCAUCAAUUCAACGGACGUCAUAGGUUCCUACCUCGACCCGCGGGAACGUUUGUCCCUAACCUGGAUAUCCCGGAAUACCACAAAACGAUGACGAACGCUCAGCAGAAAACAUUGGAUGAGCGUGUAGAUACUCUUGUAAGACAUGCUACACAGUGCUUUGUAGAUAAGGUGUCUGAGGCGACGCUGGAAGCAGAUGUGAGGUCUGACGUUUUCGGUUACAUCAGAGAGGAUCGAAGUUUGAGAAUUGAUAAGAGGGCAUACGAGUUCGUGACGCAGAACGCUGAUGGAGAAAUCAGCCCUGUCAACAAACGGAUACCAGAUGCGACAAUGGGCUUAAGAGCAUACAAUGAAAUUACCAAGAACGUACCGCUAUGUGCUCGGGAGGAUUGUGUCAUCGACCAUGGACCCGAAGCUCAUGAUAAACUGCACACAGACAAUCUUCUUGCCUUGGUGAAGCAGGGGCAGUGUGGAUUGGUGGUUGAUGGGGUUUGGGGGAAAGCAGAAGUUGUCCUCCCCUGGGGAGUUUACGAAGCUAAGCGAGAAGACGUGAAUCCAAACGAUGCUGAGGACCAGGUCGUUCAUGCUGCAAGAACUUACCUGGGAAUGCUGGACGACCUAGCACGCAAUCCAGAAGACGUUACCAAAUACCAGUUUGAAGACAGCUGCAACUACCAAGUGUUCUGCUUCACGUCAUGCGGAGCCAAGUGGAGCAUCGCUGCUGCAUAUCCUACCAGGGGAUCCUGCAAAUUCGAGAUUUUCUGGCAAGGCAACACCACUAACUUCUACUACGCUUACGAGCUCCUCUGCAUAGUGGACCAGAUUCAGAAGUAUGCCAACACCACCCACCGAAACUUUGUAAUCAAGCAUCUGGAUGCUUGGUACAAGAGAUAUGACAAGUUCUAUAAGCCGUUAAAGCGUACCACACCCCUGGAAGCGGUGAAAGACCCAUUGUACUUCCACCCGACGGCUCGUCCCGGAUGGGUCAAAUUGAAGAGUGAAUCUCACCUCGCUACUCAAUUGAAGGCAAGUUUGACACGAAAGAGACGACAGGAUGAACAAGAUCCCAGCUCAUCUUCCAAACGGCAAAGACGAGAGUCGACAGAUUUUCUCGAGGACGACUCAUAUGAUCUCAACGGCGAGGAAGAUGCAGAAACGGUUGAGAGUGAUACCGAUAAGGUAUUGCCUGCGUUGGUACGUGGAGUGGAACAUUAA